UAAUUCGAGUUCCACCCAGUGUUUAAGUGCGACUGAACAGAAUUUUAGAUACUUGUUUAUUAUAUGGGAAAUUUAAAACUUGGGAUUGCAGCCCUAAUUUUCUAACCUUGUAAACUUUUUUUGAUAGUCUUUAGUUAGGUCUUCUUAUGAUGGGCAUUAUUGUGGAUUAUUUGAGGUAAGUGAGAAUUCGAAUCGGUAUCUAACUGGUGCAACAAGUUGCGUGCGAUUGUCUUGAAUAUGCGAAGAAGUAGAAGCGUGAUUUCUCAAGGUCAAAGGAUGAUCCUUGACAUGACAGAAGCGGAAUCAGUGAUCAAAACUUGUAAGCGCUGUAAGGCAAGCUUUGCAGUGGUAUCCAAUUCAAGCUCAGCAUGUCGAUUUCAUCCUACCUAUUUUGUCUCUCGUCGUCACGACGAUCAGAAAAGAUACUAUGAGCUUGGUCCCGACGAUCCCCCUUAUGCAGCCAAGUUCUGGGACUGCUGCGGAUCAGAAGAUCCUGCGUCGGCAGGUUGCAAGACAUCUUUUCACGUGUCUUAUGAUGACGUUGAAUAAUGUGCUUAGAUGUCAAUAUUAGCUUACGUCCUGAUGCCCAUGUUUGGGUUGGAGCUUUAUGACGAGUUUGUGGUGUGUUUUAGUUAUCUUUAGCAGUUGGGAGCAGGCCAUAGCAGUUUGUAAACAUGUGCCGCUCAAAUCUGAUCCGGCAGUUGAGUAUAUUAGCAUAUUCAAGAUGUGUACUCACUACGUAUCGUGUGUUCUACAUUUUAUAGUGGCCAUACUCGGGCAGUUGUCAAAGUCAUUUCUUCUUAAACUUGUCGCAGCAAGUGUUCCACAUUCAAUAAUGAGUAAGGUUGCAGCUUUCA